CGGUAAGGAGAAGGGAGUGAGGAGAAAGAGUGACAGAGUGUAUAAACACAGACCGGACGCCAGCGCAGCGAGGAAAGACUCAACGUCCAAGAGCUGGAAGACCAGCAGAGAUAGAGACGUAGAGACAGACCGGGACAAGACCGGUACAGACCGGGACAAGCCGGUACAGCCCGGGACAAGACCGGUACACCCGGGACAAGACCACCCCAGCCGGAACAGCCAAACAGGAGACUUCUCUAACAGAACGUCAGUCAAACGGGUCAAGGUGAAUUUAUCCCCUUCCAAUCAGACUCUUCCACCUCCCCCCAGAGAGAGGUGGAACUCCAACCCCCUGCACCCUAGCAUCAGCUCCCAAACUACCUCCUCUCAAACGCCACCCAGACCAGCUCGACACAGUUCAAAUCCACCCAGACCCAUUCAAACCGGUUAGAACCGACCCAGACCAGUUCAAACCUGUCAGAACCGACCCAGACCAGUUCAACACAGUUAGAAACGACCCAAACCAGUUUAAACCAGUAUAGAACCGGCCCGGAUCAUUUUAAACCGUUCAGAACGCACCCGGAUCAGUUUAAACCUGUCAGAACCGACCCAGACCAGUCAAACAUUAGAACCGACCAAACCAGUUUAAACCAUUUAGAACCGGCCCGGAUCAGUUUUAAACCGUUCAGAACAGACCUGGAUCAGUUUAAACCUGUCAGAACCGACCAGACCAGUUCAACACAGUUAGAAACGACCCAAACCAGUUUAAACCAGUUAGAACCGGCCCGGAUCAGUUUAAACCGUUCAGAACCGACCCGGGUCAGUUUAACCCGCUCAGAACCGACCCGGACCAUUCCAGACCAGCCAAGGAGGAGCAGAGAGGGAAGAGAGAUCCAGGGGCUCGACAGGACAGGGGCUCAGGCAGAGAGGACAAGCCCAGGAGAGAGGCUGACAACAGGGGGGGUAGAGAGCAGGAGAGAGCCCUGGCAAAGCUCCAGACACCAGUCUGAGAAGAGGAGGAGAAAGGAGGAGGAGGAGGAGAAGAGGAAGACGAGAAAGGAGGAGAAAGAGUAUGUCUGAUAAGGAGGUGCCCAAAUCAAAUCUCCCACAGUGGAGCUCAGUGAGACCGUAAAACCCUGCAACCUCAAACGUGACGUAGAGAAAGAGACGGAAAGAGAGGAGAGGGAGAGGGCUUUCGUAAGGCCUCUGAUGGAGAUGAAAGGAGGAGACCCUCAGAGGAAGAUAAAGACCAACAGAGAAGAAGGGAAGAGUACCGGCGUGGUUGUGGGCGUGGCCGAAACAGAGGCAGCCAAUCAGAGCAGCUAUACGAAGGGAAGCGUAGAGAGGGGCAAAGCCAAGAGGAGCCGUAAGGUCCUAGCGUCCGACGGACAGGAACCGUAGUGGACUGCACCAGCACCAGUCCACCAGGGGGCAGUAGUCCUGUGUGUGGUGAUGGAGCAGAGGGCAGAGCAGAGCAGAGGAAGACGGUCGUUAAAACACUGGAGGAAUACACCAACGACAGCUCGACACCUGCUGAACGACCAUAUAGUACUCAUACAG